AAAAAAAAUCUGGAUUGGUUUUGGUUGGAAAGGAAAACUGCUGAAGAAACGGACGAAUAUUUUUCGUGUUGUAGAAUAUUCUGUGCAAAAGGAGGUUAAGAAAUCACCAGCUAAUAAGGAGUCGAUGAAACAUGUGUGAUUAGUCUUUCUCAAGUUUAUGUUGGUUUAUAAUUUUAUUGUGUAAUAUUUACGUUAUAAUAAAAGACUGCGUGCACAAAUUAUAAAAUGGCGACUGACCAGUCGAAGAACCGCAUGCAUGUAUUCAAGAACACAGGAAAAGAUGUCGACGAAAUGCGCAGACGAAGAAAUGAAGUCACUGUGGAGCUUAGAAAGAACAAAAGGGAAGAAACAUUACAAAAACGUCGUAAUGUGCCCAUCAGUGACUCCACGGACGAGGAUGAGAUCGAGAGGACCUUGGCGGCGACCAAUCUGAGGGAGCUCGUCAUGAAUGCGGCGAACGCCGAAAAUCCCGAAAUCCAGCUAUCAGCCGUACAGCAGUGUAGGAAAUUACUGUCCUCUGAAAAGAACCCGCCUAUUGACGACCUCAUCGCUACGGGAAUUCUUCCUAUCUUAGUUGGCUGCUUAUCAAGGCCAGAUAAUCCUACUUUACAGUUCGAAGCCGCCUGGGCACUCACGAAUAUAGCUUCCGGCACUUCUGUGCAGACCAACAAAGUGGUGCACGCCGGCGCCGCGCCUCUGUUCUUACAGCUUUUAUUGUCUCCACACGAAAAUGUCUGUGAACAAGCUGUCUGGGCACUUGGUAACAUAAUUGGCGAUGGCCCUAUCCUCCGAGACUAUGUCAUUGAAUUAGGAGUUGUUAAGCCACUGUUGAGCUUCAUCAAGCCAGAUGUAUCAAUCCAAUUCCUCCGAAACGUGUCAUGGGUCAUUGUAAACUUGUGCCGGAGUAAGGACCCCCCACCCCCAGUCAAGACAAUCCAUGAAAUAGUGCCAGCCUUGAAUGUUCUCAUCUUGCAUAAUGAUAUCAAUGUUCUAGUAGACACUGUCUGGGCUAUCAGCUAUCUAACAGAUGGCGGGAACGACCAAAUCCAAAUGGUGAUUGAAGCGGGCAUCGUACCCAAGCUCAUACCACUGCUGUCCCACAAGGAGGUGAAGGUGCAAACGGCAGCCCUACGAGCGGUCGGGAACAUUGUCACCGGAACUGAUGAGCAGACGCAAGUGGUGUUGAACUGUGAUGCUCUAUCACACUUUCCCGCCUUACUGUCACAUCAGAAAGAGAAAAUCUGCAAAGAAGCUGUGUGGUUCCUAUCAAACAUCACAGCGGGCAACAAGCAACAGGUCCAAGCGGUCAUCGACGCUGGCCUGCUGCCCAAGAUCGUGGAGAACCUCAGCAAGGGAGAGUUCCAGACGCAGAAGGAGGCUGCGUGGGCAGUCUCCAACCUGAGCAUAAGCGGCACGAAGGAGCAAGUGGCCACUCUCAUAUCCUGCGGUGUCAUACCGCCAUUCUGUAAUUUAUUAAGCUCUAAGGAUACACAAGUUAUUAAUGUGGUAUUGGACGGCAUAAGCAACAUGCUGAAGAUGGCGGGCGAGAACGCGGACCAGGUCGCCAACAUGAUCGAGGAGUGCGGCGGAAUUGACAAGAUCGAGGCGCUGCAGAGCCACGAGAAGGUGGAGAUUUACAAGAUGGCCUACGAUAUCAUCGAGCAGUACUUCGCCGGAGAGGAGGAAGACGCGUCGCUGGUGCCCGCGGAGGCGGACGCGUUCCAGUUCGAGGCGGGCAGCGCCGCGCACGACGGCUUCCAGUUCUAACGCGGCGGCGCGGGCGCAGCUUCUAUAUACGGGGCGAUUGUGUGCUUCAGUGUGUUAAAAAAGAAAGUUAUUGUGUUAAAAGUGCGCGGUGGAUUGGUGAAUGAAGAAUCUUUACCGAAAUUGAGUGUACGAGAGUGAAUGAAUUAUAUUGGAACCUGCGGGGUUACUCGCAAUUGACAGAGCAUGUCUACUCUCUCACUCUAUCAAUGUAAUGUCAAUGUUGGUAAUACCCGUAGAUUAACCUUCAUUGUGAACACAGGCAGCUCGGAUCCUUGAGUAAAUUCCAUAAUGCAUAUGCUCUCAAAAUAAAUUUAAUGAUAUUACUUAUUGGAAUUUUUAAUUGUAAAGUGAUUUGAAUUAUGAC